AUGCAGCGAAUCACCAAGUAUCCGCUGCUCAAUGAGAAGCUUUUUGAGGCGACGCCGGCUGGCCACCCGGACUACGCCGAUGCGCAGGCGGCGGCUAAGUUCAGCAAGAGCUUCUGCAAGGAGAUCAAUGAGGCCUGCAGAGAUACGGAAAACUUUGACAAGCUCAUCUGGCUGCAGAAGCACAUCACCAUUCCGCAGAAGAAUCUGGACUAUGUCAUUGACUUUAACUCGGAGACGAACUUUCUAGGUCCUCGAACACUGCACCACUCGGGCAUUCUUGUGAAGGCCAGUAGCUCAAAGGUGCUGGCCGCCUUCCUCUUUAACGAUUUCUUCUUGCUAGCGAUGCCCAAUAAGAAGUUUCAAAAGUCGAUCUCUUCAGGGCACAACUUCUUCUACAACCAAAGGGCGCUGGAGAUCACCUACACGCUGUAUCGAAAGCCGAUGCUCCUAAGCGAAAUUAGCCUCGCCGACCUGCCCGAAUUUGAGUCCAGCCUUGACCCUGGCCUCUUUCGCAUUCACGUGCACGCACAGAAGCGGCACCUGUCGCUGCGGGCCCCCUCCACCAACGAGUGCGUCCUUUGGAUGAAGCAGAUUGACAAGGCAAAGAGCACCUACAUGGAAAUUCAGAAGCGACUCAACAGUAAUGAGGAAGGGAGCACCAGCAAUGGCACAACGGGCAGUUCUUCGGUGACGGCUGGUCCAGUGGCAGCAUUACUGCCCAACCAGGCGCCCACUGCCACGCUCUUUCUGACCAUUGUCGAGGCGUUGCAGCUGUACACGAGAAACU